AUGAACGAGUUAGCUCGAGUACAUGGAGGCAAAGCGGCAAAAAGGAGCCCUGAAGGUGAGGAAAUGCGAAAGACAACUGAACGCUGGACCAUGAACGAGUUAGCUCAAAUACAUGGUAGCAAGGCCGCCGAAACCAUGAACGAGUUAGCUCGAGUACAUGGAGGCAAAGCGGCAGAAAGGAGCCCUGAAGGCCGCCGAAACCAGUCUGAUUUCCCCAAAUUAGAGAGAGCGCACUCCAUGAACGAGUUAGCUCAAGUACAUGGAGGCAAAGCGGCAGAAAGGAGCCCUGAAGGUGAGGAAAUGCGAAAGACAACUGAACGCUGGACCAUGAACGAGUUAGCUCAAAUACAUGGUAGCAAGGCCGCCGAAACCAGUCUGAUUUCCCCAAAUUAG